AUGGCCUUCAAUGUUUGCCUGGUUGUGCUGGCUCGUCUCAUCGUGAGACGCAGCGAGGCUGCGCAGGGCAGCGGCUACCCGCAAAUGAAGGCCAUGUUCUUCGGCAACACCAGCCUGAUGACAGAAACCUUAGGGAAGCCGAACCUGGAGUUCUUGUCCGCGAAAACUUUGGUUCAGAAGGCUUCAGCGCUGAUGUUGAUGGUGGCGUCCGGCCUGCCCAUAGGUCAGGAGGGCCCCAAUGUCCAUAUGGCUGCCUGCAUCUCCCGACACAUCAGGCCCCAGUUCUUUGAGAAGAACUUGAAGCGGGAGCUGGUGGUUCAGAUCCUCCACGCCGCCUGCGCCUCCGGGGUGGCAGCCACCUUCUCGUCGCUGCUGGGCGGCGUGCUGCUGAGCCUGGAGCUGAUGUUGCCGCAGAUCUACACCUUCCAGGUCUACUGGGGCUGCUUCUUCGGGGCGGUCUUUGGGUCUGUGACCACGAUGCUCCUCAAGGAGUGGUCCAUGGGCGGAAUCCCACGACUCUUGGACUCGGACGUGCAGCAGGUGGUGGUGGUGGUGGUGGUGGUGGUGGUGGUGGUGGUGGUGGUGGUGGUGGUCAAAAUUAUAAGGGCAGUGCAGCACGAGGUUGUGGGAGCGCCACUUGGCGUUGCUUAG